GGGAGCGUUUAGAAGAGUAUUAUAUGUUGUUUUUGCUUUAUUAUUAACUGACAGCUGUUCUGUUGACAAUUGAGAACAAUGUAAAUUUUCUCUAGUGGGUUGUAAAUAAAUAAGUUCUUGUUUAUUAAUCAAUAUAAUAGUGGCACAUUAGCAUAUACUCAGGUAGUGGUUCCAUAAGCAAAUUAUGGAUUUCGACAGCCCGGACGUUGAGAAAGAUUUUCCUGGUUUAUAUGCUUCUGAAGGUGGGGAGGGAAAAUCUAAAAAGAGCAAAGAAGAUAGCGAUUAUAGUGAGGGUGAACACGAUAAAGUAAGUAAAAAAGAUCUAUUAAUUGGUAGGCGAAAAGAUAAAAAGGAAAAAGGCAAAGAUCGUGGGUAUGCAGCUUUAGAAGGUGAAAGCUCUCCAGAGGAGGAGUUAGAAGCGAAAAGUCCCUCGAAGUCAAAAAAGUUGAAAACAUUUAAAUUCAGUUCGUCCAAAAGCAAGGAAAAACGCGAAAAGUCGCGUGAUAAAGACAAGUCUGAGAGGGACUUACGGGAGGAGGAAAAACCAAAGGAAAAAGAGAAGACUGAAAAAGAAAAAGAGGUAAAAAAAAAAGAUAAAGAACGCAAAGAAAAGGAAAAGAAGGAAAAAAUCAAGGAUAAGGAUAAAGAAAAGGAAAAAAAGGAAAAGAAAGUUAAACAAGCUGGUAACGCUUCCGAAGAAGUGUUAGAAUUGGGCGAUGUUCAGCCUGUUUUUGGUGUAUCAAUAAGUCUAGCUACUGAAAGAAGUCGUUGCCAUGAUGGUGUUGAUUUGCCGCUUGUUGUACGCGAUUGUAUUGAUUACCUCGAGGAGCACGCAUUGAAAAAUGAUCAAAUAUAUAAGGUAGAACCGUUGAAGACACGCAUACAACACUUUAGACGACUAUAUAAUAACAGAGAAAGGCAAGCAGAUACUGAUGAGCUCGAUAUAGCAACAGCAUGCGCUUUAUUGAAGUUAUUCUUACGAGAACUGCCGGAACCGGUUUUAACCACAGACUUAAUAUCUCAUUUUGAGGAUACAUCAUCAAUUAACUCGCAGAAUAAACAACAAGAUGAGCUUAAAAAAUUACUUGAACUACUACCCAGUUGCAACAGAACUCUACUCACUUGGAUAAUAUUACAUUUUGAUUCGGUAAUUCAACAUGGCAAGCACAAUAAAUUAACGAUUGAAUCGUUGGCGAUGCUGUUAAGUCCGCCUAUGCAGAUGUCGCAUCGUUUAUUAGUUACAUUUUUAUCUCACAGUGGAAUUUUGUUUACAAAUGUAUCCCUUAUCAAAUAUGUGCCACCAAUAACCCCAUCAAGCCCGAAACUUCCAGAGACUGCGGAAGAUAUUCAAAUAGAGCUAUGUAAACAAGAAAGCUUACUUACACAGAUUCAUGCCGAAAUGAAUGCUGGAUUUGUUUCCAAAAAACGAGAAGAACAAUUGUGGGAAGUGCAGCGAAUUAUCACGCAGCUUAAGCGUAAGUUGCGUAGUUUUGAGAAGCGACAUGAGAAGUCAAUUGAGGAAUCACAAAUAGCCGCAACAAAUGCAUUACAAAAUAUUAGCGACACCACUGAUUCUAGUACCAUAAUGCAACCGGGGCAAAAUAUUUUAAAGGAAACCGAUAAUAGCUUGGCGAACCAAAACAUGAACUGUACCCACACUGAAGAACAAUUUUCAAAUGUAGUCAAUAUUGAAUCGCCUGAAAUAACAAAGGAAAAAUCUUCCACAACGCUUCCGGUCAAAACACUAGUUGUGCAGGAAGAGCCAGAAAAGGUUCCAGAAUCGGAACAAUCAUCGGUCAACGUAGAUGAUUCACAUCCUGAUGGAAUUUACAUUGAUGAAGAAUUGUCGUUCCUAAUGGUGCCUAAAACUCAUCCAGAUUAUUCUCAACUGAUUCGUCUGCAAUUAGAAAAUCGUGAAUUACUUCUUUGGAAGGCACAAUUGCAAGCUCGUAUAACUGCCGAACGUGCCGAAGUCCUGCGGCUUAAGCAGCAAUAUCAGCAGCAGCUUGCUGCAGCAGGCGCCAGUAGGAGUGAUAUUCCUAGUACAGCUUCUGUCAUUUCAGAUGAUGUUAUUGGAAGCGAUGAUGAUUAUGAAAAAAUAAUAGAGCAUUAUAUACGAGAAAAUACCUUAUUGGAACAAAAAAAAGAAAUACUUGCAAAAGAGCUGUUUGAUGAACGGCGCGAAUGCAUCACUAUGCAGGUUGAGUUGGAAUUACAAAAUUUUUAAACAAACGAUCUAUUAAGUAUAUUUACAUACACACAAACACACAUGUUAAAUUUUUAUUAUAUACCUAAAUUACGCACUCAUCUUUAUUGUAAAAUAUUUACUUCCUUUAUCUUUAGCAAUUUUAUCGUCAUACAGUAUAUCCAUUGAAUUAGAACUUAGCAAAUAUGUAAUUAUCAAACUACAUAUAUAAGAGCUUUAUUGAGAUUAUAAAUAUACUGUUAUAAAAACAAUAAAAUUAAUCGAA